AUGAGUAUUAUUUAUUAUCUCUCUCUCUCUCUCUCUCUCUCUCUCUCUCUCUCUCUCUCUCUCUCUCUCUCUGAGAUCAGGUUGGAUAACGAGGCAACAGUUUACCUGGAUGCGUCACCCAUUUAUUUUGUUUUUUUCUUCCCUGUUUUCGUUGCCUCGGUUGCUGCCAUAUUCUUCUAUUCAAAUCUAUCUAUCUAUCUAUCUAUCUAUCUAUCUAUCUAUCUCAGUCCGUUUAAAUAUAUCUAUCUAUCUAAUGGCACAAAUGAUAGCGACAUUAGCUACAAUUUUACUGGAAAAACUGUUAGAAUCUCAGCGGUAGAUGACACUAUUGCUGCAGAAGGCGCUGAAACAAAAUGCGAGAGGCAUCAUUGUACGCUGCAUCUAUCUAUCUAUCUAUCUAUCUAUCUAUCUAUCUAUCUAUCUAUCUGUUUUGUUCCUCUAUGUAUCUAUUCUCUUCAUCUAUCUAUCUAUCUAUCUAUCUAUCUAUCUAUCUAUCUAUCUAUCUCAGUCUUUUCAUUAUCUAUCUAUCUACCUAUCUAUCUAUCUGUCUGUCUCUGUCUGUCUCAUUAUCUUCUAUUAUCUAUCUAUCUAUCUAUCUAUCUAUCUAUCUAUCUCAGUCUUUUCAUUAUCUAUCUAUCUAUCUAUCUAUCUAUCUCAGUCAUUUCAUUAUCUAUCUAUCUAUUUCAGUCUUUUCAUUAUCUAUCUAUCUAUCUAUCUAUCUAUCUAUCUAUCUAUCUAUCUAUCUAUCUAUCUGUCUCAGUCUUUUCAUUAUCUAUCUAUCUAUCUAUCUAUCUAAUGGCAGGAACGAUAACGCUAUUAGUUACAAUUAUACCGUAG